UUUGGAUUUUGAACACGCUCUUUUUUUUACGGCCCACUAAGACAAUAGCAUAAUUUUGUUGACAAUCGAUAAUUACCAAUUCGUUUUAUCUUGAAUACAUUAAUCUUUGAAUGCGUAACUUGGAACCUGCAGAGAGAACACACCCAAAUCAUUCCCAAGUCUAACCCACAAAAGACCAUUCAUUGCCUUUGCAUGAACAUUGGGCAGGUCUUUCUGCUUUUUCUCGGCGUAAAGAUUUAUAACUCAAGACGUCUUCAUUAUCUACUGUGUCCAUAAUCUCCAUAUUAUCUAAUCCAAUCGUUCCACAUUCGAUACUAUUUUACAAUUUGUGCCAGCUUCCUCGAAUAAAGGAAGCGCCUUCUCUUCUCUUCAUCUGUUUUAUCGAACUUCGAAUUCGUGAUUGAUCUCGGCGCCUAUGAAAAGAAGUUCGUUAGACAAUGGGUAAUACGACGUCGAAUGGUAAUCUAGAAGCAUGGGAUAUCGUCGUCAUCGUCAUCCAUUUCGUUCUCGUAUUCUCCCUAGGGAUAUGGGCGGCAUGGGGCGGCGGCAAAGACUCAACGAGCGGAUAUUUUCUGGCUGGUAGACAGAUGUCAUGGUGGCUCGUUGGACUAUCGCUUUACGUGACCAACAUCGGAAGUUCGACCUUCAUCGGGGUCGCGGGAACUGCUUCCGUUUCAGGUUAUGCCGUCAUAUCUUAUGAAUACUAUGCUCUGAUGGCGCUGUUGUUUCUCGGGUUCAUAUUCGCACCAGUCUAUUUUGCAGCUGAUAUUUCAACGGUGCCAGAGUAUCUUCAGCUUCGCUUCGGCGGGUAUCGUCUGCAGACCUUCAUUUCCGUGGUCAACCUGACUGUUGCCAUAGUUAUCAUGCUUUCCGGCGAGAUGUACGCCGGCUCCAUCGUCAUUCAGCAAGCCCUGGGAUGGAACAUUUACACAUCCGUCAUCGUUCUCCUCUUCCUCACCGCCAUUUACACCGUGGCCGGCGGCCUCAAGGCGGUCAUCUUCACCGACGCCCUCCAGGCCGUCGUCGUGCUCAUCGGCGCCUUCGUCCUCAUGGGCCUAGCAAUUGCUGAAAUUGGUGGAAUCGGGAACCUUCGCCUCCUGUACAUGACCGCCAUCCCGAACACGACGCAGCUUUACGCCAAUACCUCAUGCGGGAUACCCACCGAGGAAACAUGGCAUAUCUUCCGCGAUGCCAAGACGGCCGACCUACCCUGGCCCGGAGUGGUCUUCGGCGUGUUCAUCCUCGGUCUCUACUUCUGGUGUACGAACCAGGUUAUUGUCCAGCGAACCCUUGCAGCCAAGAACGUAACACACAGUAAAGCGGCGUGUAUCAUGACGGGCUAUUUCAAGAUCCUACCCAUGUUUCUAAUGAUCUGGCCUGGUAUGAUCAGCAGAACAUUGUUCGCAGAUGAAGUUGCCUGUGUGGACCCCAAUGUCUGCGAGCGAGUUUGUGAUAACAGGGCCGGGUGCUCAGACAUCGCCUACCCGAAGUUAGUUGUAGAAUUAAUGCCUACAGGUUUGAAAGGUCUAAUGUUGGCGGCCAUGUUGGCAGCUAUGAUAAGUUCGUUGACCUCAAUUUUCAACGCGUCCAGCUCGAUGUUCGUGAUCGAUAUCUGGUAUAAGAUCAGACCAGCAUCGACCGAACUGGAGCUCGUUAUCGUCGGAAAACUAUGUACGCUUGUGCUGGUAGUUGUAGGGGUGCUCUGGAUCCCCGUCAUCCAGGCCUACGGUUCGGGUGAACUCUUCGUCUAUGUCCAGUCUAUCCUUUCAUACCUGUCGCCCUCAGUGUUUGCCUGCUUUACAGCUGCAAUCCUCUGGAGUAGGGUCAACGAAUUUGGUGCUUUCUGGGGCAUGUUCGUUGGGUUUUUAGUUGGCCUGACGCGGUCUAUUCUCGACUUCGUGUUUGGAGUGCCCUCUUGCGGCCAACCAGACGACAGGCCAAACAUCGUCAAGAAUUUCCACUAUCUUCAUUUCGCUGCUUUCCUCUACGCCUUCUCCUUCAUACUCAUCUGCAUAUUCAGUCUCUUCAAACCAGCUAUCCCAGAAAACAAGUUAAUUCGGCUGACUUGGUGGACAAGGCAUUCGAAGCUACCUCGAGCUCCCAUGUCGGACGAUCUAGAGGAGAAGAAGAAGAAGAACGAUCUGUUAAGAGAGGAGAGGGUCAAAGAACAGGCGCUAAAGGCCGAAAGUCGAACCGGCUUCAAGUGGAAAGCAUGGAACCUCCUUUGCGGCAUCAGCGGCUCACCAACAGACAUCGAAGAGAAGGAGGUGCAAGUGAAGGAGGAGGAGGAGAUGCAAAAAGCCACAGCUGAGGAGGACCCAAUGUGGCAGAACAUCGCAGCAGUCAACGGGAUCAUACUUGCUGGCGUCUGCGCAUUCCUCUUUGGCUAUUACGCCUAAAACCCGGAAUCCUGUAACAUCCCGAUCGCAGCUCCCGACGGAACUGAAUCACAAUGAAUAUUAUGAAAACUAUAAGAAUACCAAGUUUAUAGCCAUUGUGAUUGUUGUACGAUUAAACAUACUAGCUUCGAUUCGCUUAACAGUUAGCGGAGCAGCUGUUACGCGAACUGCGUUUCAAGGGGGAUCAUACCAGGUACCCAUUCACCUCUCCUGGGUUAAGUGCAGCGCAAUAUGGGGGAUUCGAACCUACGUCCCUCACAUUGACAGACGAGAGUCAUAACCACGAGACCACGACGUUCCCACAUUAUAAAGAAAAAAAUUCGUUUAAAAAAUCUCUUGUGUGAAUGAUAAUACUCGUGGACAAAGUUGGCACAGGCAUGGGGAGGUGGGCUCUGGGGCUCUCUAUCUUUUACUACUAAUAGAAAGCUAUGAAUUAUGCCCUCUCUUCUACUUAAAUAAACAAUAUCAUUAUGUAUGCAUUAAAGAAAUAUGGUAUGCAUCAACGAAUAUUCUCUAUAAGGAAACAAAUAGUAACAACUGAUGCGCUACGAAUGGGAGUGUUUGCAGUAGAACGUAUUCGACAGAGCAAAAUAUAGGUCUACAGAAUGUAUUUGAUGCUCUAUAAAGUCGAGAUGUAAAUUUGUACAAAGCUUGUAUUAUAAUUUUUGUUGGAUCAAUUCGUAGUUUGAUAUAUUUUACCGUUAUAUACCCUAAUUUCAAAAGUCAAUGCUUACUUGUUUAUUCUUCCACAUUUUGAAUGUCAUGAAUAUAGUGAUAAUCCAUAUGGUAAUCGGUACUUAAACAACGUAAGAGUGUUAAUUUUCCCGCAAUAUUAGUUUUCAUUCAAGAGAUACGUAGGCCUGCUGUAUUUACAGGAAUAUAGCGCUUUGUGGCAAGGUGUGGUUCCAUGAUACCGAAAUAUUGUAUUUUGAAUACAAAAAAAAACGAACACAGAAAAUAAAUAUUAAAAGAAAUAAAAUGUAACGUAGUUUUGAAUUUAGAAUAUUACUGAAAAAGAAGAGGUAAAAUUCAUAGGCGUAUGAGAUUCCCUUUGACAAAAUAUUAUAGUCAGCUUUCAUGUGACGUACAUAUAGAUUAUUUAAUAUUUUCCCGACACUGAAAAUAAACUGAUAUAAUAGGAGAAUACCAUGAUAAAUAUUAUGUAAAUAUGAUAAUGUUUGUAAUACAAAUCUUUCUACAUACUCGAGAGUGAAAAGCAACCUAAUAGAAUUUAACUCUGUACGGAAUCUAAAAAUAAUCAUAAUAAACAAAAAAUCAAACACAUAAAUAUCUAGAAAUAUAAAUUGAAGUAAUUUUCAAUUUUAAUUCUUUACAACACAAAAAAAUGUGGGCAGGUCUAACUCUUCAGACUAACAUAUAAUUUCUUUGAAUGUGCAUGACUUGUGCAAAAUAACGGUCGUUUAUGAUAGAACUGUUUUAAAUUUCUCAUAAAUCGAUAAAAUAUUCAUUGUGUAAAUAUUGUGUUUGUCAUAUGGGAUUUGAAAAUUCGAAUAUUAUCGUAUAGCUGUAUAUAAUUAAGUUGUGCAAGCAAGAUUUAAUAUUCUAGAUGCAAGUAUUUUUACCGCUAAAACUGAUCUUUAGACAUGAAGACUACAUGAAAUCAAACUGCUCCCGAUUAUAAGCAACUACAUUUAAAAUUCCUUUAUUAAACAUAAACACACAUGUAGGCCUAAAUCUAGGGGCUCGUAUUAUGAAGUUUGGGGAUAGAUCGUAGGGCCAAUUUCUACGAUUUAUUGAAUUGAUUAUUGUGUA